AAAUAAUUUUAAGCAUAACCCGUUACUUUUUUUAAUACAUUGUGUAAUAAGUCUUAUACCAAAUUUCUCUCAUUACACAAUGCACCCAAAUUCAACCAAAUCAGCAUACGCCCAGAUUAUAUUCGGUGAGAAAACGAGUUUUAUAAGGUUCACCAGGGAUAUCUCAAUUACUUCCCUUAUCAAGCUGUCCCUGUUAGGAUUAGUCUGCUCAAUAGAGCAUAAAUAUAAAAAAGUCACAGAAGAAGAAAUAAACUUAGAGGAGUACUCAGAGUUCCUGUUCUAUGUAGAAGACCAAGGGGGCAGGAAGAUAUUCCUGGGCAGGGAGAGGGAAGAGGACUUUAAAGAACUAUUAAAGUUCUUUAAUUAUAGACUAACUAUACACAUAUAUAUAGUAGGUAACAAAUAA